AUGCAAUUACGCCCACUGUAUACUUAUUGCAUUGCUGCUGUGCUGUUCGCGUCAGAAAGCGUCCAGCUCCAGUGCCGGGUUGAUGCAAACUUUGCGACAAAACUUUCUGAGUAUUUGAAAGAGAAACUUGAACCGACGUAUUCCGAAGGUUGUCGACAUUGUAUCUUCAUUGUAAAAAGUAAGUAAGGUAGAAGAAUAUUAUAUGUCUUGAUUCCUUCAUUUUGAGCUUUUCAACUAGUAUAGUUAGUCAUCAAUCUCUAACAUAAAUUGUACCCUUUAUAAGAUUUCAUUCUGAAGUUAUAACUGUAAAGUAUAGUAUUUACUGUUCGUAAAAAAAUAUGUAGUUCUCAGUUUUAAUAACUCUGUAUAAUGUAUCAGACAUUGUUUUGGGUGUGCGAUGUCACGCACCACCUACUAUUAUAAUUAUGGACUGUCGUGGUUCAGAAACCUAUGACAGUUGGUUCUGAUUUUUGUUCGACAAAAUGUGUUCGACCUAGCUCAUAUGUAUACAUUUUUUUACUGUGGCCUAAACUUUGGAUCAAAUGUUUGGAAUUGCUAAAUGAAAUUGCGUGAACUUUUCAUCCGUGUUUUAUCAGACAUGGUAAUUGUUCACAUGAUCGCACCAAGUCGUCUUGCGUAGCGAGACGAAUAUUUCCGAGCGUUCAUAUGGAGUGUUUCAUCCCGCUUGCCGAGAUGAAAUUACAAUGUAUUCCAUAAUUAGCGGGUGCAAAACUUCUACAUUUCAGUCAAGCGACAGAAAUAUUUAGUAAUAAUAGGAAUAAAUAUACUGAUCACUAUGUAGUGCAUGAGUAGCUAUAGAUGCAUACAGGUAUCCAUGCAGAACAACGUAAUUGCAUUGUUUAUAGAGAUUACGUUUUCGCCAUAUUUUACAAGACAUGCACAGUUUUAUUCAUUAUAUCAAUAUUUUAGUCAAAUGUUUGAUACAGUCGGCCAUUUAGCUGCCUGUACAGUUAGUAUUGUACCAUUGACGAAUAAUUAAUCUAUACAGUACAUUGUCUUAGCCGAACAAUCACACGCGGUAUAUACUAUAAUUAAGACUAUCAUUAAAUUCUCACUAUAGCUGAAAAUCUUGGUUUUGGACUAACUCAUGUCACUUGGUUUUGAUCUUUUGUUCGACUAUAUUUUGUGUGACCUCAUCUAUGUAUUUAUAGUUUUGCCUACGGUCGAAUGUUUUGGGAUUUCUAAAUUAAAUAGCGUGAACUUUUCAUCCGUUCCACUUGAUCAGUUUAAUUUAAAACGCUUAUGUUGCUGAAUUCUAGGACGCCACAAUGAAGCGUGGCCAAAUUAAAGUACGAUUAGGAGCGUUUUACUAUAUUUUAGAUCUGGUAAAACGUGAAAUAUUGCAAUGCUUCGAACACGUCUGCAAUAAUAGAUUGACUUCCAUUGGGUUUAUUUUUAACUUCGAGCGAGAUAUACCGCGGAACACCUAUAUCCGAAACGGAAUGUACAAUUUUCAAAAGCUGAGCGAAACAACAUCUUUCCUUUGCAAUAAUUCCUCUGAAAAUAGCGUUCCUAAAAGGUACGGAUAGGCGUUUUUUCACGUCGCUACGGAAAGUUGAUGAGUGUUUGCUGUCGCGAAUAGACCUUUCCCCUUUUGAGUGAAAUUUUGAUCUAGACUGAGUCUGCACAGCUUGAAAGAGCAUCACAAAAUUAGUAAUAUUCCGAAGUUUCGUUGCGAAAUGUUGUAAAAUACGGAUAAUAUAACCUUGCGAAGUUUGCCGUUUUUCAGUCAUUUUGCAUGACAAAUGCAUGGAAAUUGAUAAUCAGAUAAUCAAACUGAUUAUCAAUUUCCCAUUUGUAAUACAAAAUGACUGAAAAACGGCAAACUUCGCAAGGCUAUAUUAUCCGCAUUUUACAACAUUUUACAACGAAACUUCGGAAUAUUACUAAUUUUGUGAUGCUCUUUCAAGCUGUGAUGAAACUAUUUUUGUCUAGACUUGUCUAGAUCAAAAUUUCACUCAUAGCGAACUUAAGGCUUAAUCUAGUGCGGAGACCUGACAAGAAACGGCCUUAAAUUUUACUCUUCAAAAGCUGUGGUCUGCAGUUUUGCCGUUAUUAGGAACUUCUACUGCUCCAGCACGACGGCUACCAAUACAAUAAAAUUCAUAAUAUUUAUAUAGAAAAUAAAUUAUUAAUUAAAAUCUCGCGGGGUUGGCUUUUAGACGUCGUCUCCGUUCCGUUUUCGUCACGUCUUGUGUUCACUGAACGGCUGCCACAAAUGCUAUUUCAUAUUGCCUCCCAGCAUUAUUCUCAACCAUAAAGCCCUAUCCAGGGACGCCGGAACGAUAAAAAGGCAAGGGGGGCAAACGCACACCAAAGGGCACCUCUAUAGACCCCGGUGAAGAUAUAAACCUACAAUUAUGUGUUGACUUGCCAAUGAAAGCAAACGCACUUAAUCAGGUCACAUUCAAGAUCACGCCUCAUGAUUUUGCCCAAAAAGCAUCACUGGAAAUGUGAUUUAUCAGGUAGUAUUUUGUAACUCAAAGGACACUUCUGCCCCCCUUGCCCCUCCUAGCAAAAGACAAGAGGGGCAGCUGCCCCUCCUGCUCCCCCCCCCCAGUUCUGGCGUCCCUGGCCCUAUCUUUGGUCAUCGAUCCUUAAACCAUAUGGAUAAUAUACAAUCAUCCACUACAACGACUUCAUUUUCCGUCGUAACGUUGCCGUCCUACAUGUUUAAAGUCCAUAUUGUUACAGGAGGGGGGCAUUUCAAGCUCCAUGUUAACAAAAUAAAAGUUUGACGAGUGUUCAGAACACUGUGUUCUUACUACGUUUUAACUUACUGUGAAAUACAUGAUGGUCGGAAGGUCGCGUGAUUACUCGUGCAUGCAUGACUACCAACUCACGCAUGAUCGAUCAGUCUAAAAAUUCUCGCUAGCUGAAAACUCGUGAUAUUCACGGCAUAUACAAAUGCCGGUUUUUAUGCCAUUAAAUAUUCUCAUAGUGUUUGAACUUGGUCCUAAAGUUUGGGGAAAAUGUUUUUGGGAAUGAUUAAAAUUCCGUAAAAUUUUCCCCUGUUCCACCUGAUCAAUAAUCUGAAACGCUAGCUUAGAACGUCGCAAUGAUGCGUGGCCAUGCAUGGUUAUAUUACAAUUUGCGAGUUUAUAACUUAGAACUGAAAUAAAGCUCUUUCUUUCGCUCAUAAGACAUAAUUGCAUCCGUUGACGUGGGAUUAAACUAAUUCUUUUGCAUGCGAAAUUUUUUCCUUCGUACGUUUCACAGCCAUUGGCUCGAUAAACUCCUCUAAUCUCUAGUAAUCGACGGAGAAUUAUAAAAUACCAGGCUUGAUUCAAAGCUUCAAUGUAGUUCUGAUGGUAAAAAUUCAACAGAUAAAAUAGAUAAAUUUCUAAUAAUUUUAUACCUGGCCCUUAUCCAAACCCUUUCCUAACUCUGACCUAUACCAAUUAAAAAAUUAAUAGCCAUGUGUUCACCUAGCACGCAUGACUCACCGGAUGGUAUUCUAUAAUAGGCCCUUCCAAGGUUAAGGACGCCAUCUUGAAUAUAUUGAUUUCACCGUCAGUGUUUGCCCCCCUGGCAAAUUUACCUAUAGGGAAUUCCAUUGUGUUUGCACCCCUUGCACUAUUGCAAUUGUGUUUUAUUAUGGCGUCGUUAACCUUGGAAGGGUCUGUUGUACCUAAGCCAGCCCCCAACCCCCCAAGAAUGAGAUCGUAAAUAUGGUUCGAUGUUGUUUUAUUUAUUGUUUGAAGCAGGGGCGUAGCCAUUCCCAAACGAGGGGGGGGGGGUCUAAUCUUCCGAUGGAAAUUGUUUUAGAGUCUGGAAACGCUAUUCCGUGCAUUUUAGACACAUUUUAUGAUAAUCUGAAUGCCAGAGUGAUAAUCUGAAUGCAAAAUGUUUUGAAAACAUCAAAAUUUCCAAACAAAAAGGGCACCUUCGAUGUUAAUAUAGUAUUUACAGCGACAUUAACUUGUACAAAAAGGGCACUUUUCAUCACAAAAAGGGCACUUUUGGUCCUUUCAAAAAAUGGGCCCUGUGCCCCCCGGUUCCUACGUCCCUGAUUUAAGCAGUCACUGGCGAAAUCCCCGAGCUAGGGUAACGGCUUAAUCACAAGUUUGACUGUAUUUAGCUUACUCGUACCUUCCACCUCUUCGUGUGUAAACUUUGAUGAUAACUGUUUAAACAAAAUGUAUGAAUAGGUAUUUAAAUAAUUGACAAAAAUUAAACUUCUUUAUUAAAAUCUAAAGGACAAGUAAAUUAUGUCAACUUUCUUAAUUUAAAAAACAUUGCAAUUUUAUUAUUACAAUUAGCAGAACUAUGUCUGUAUGUUUAUAGUCUACCAAUUUCCAAUGUGAAUAGAAAAUUUCAGUUCAUUCUCCUGCACUUUUAGCACACUUAAGAGUGUUAAGAUUUCUGAGAGCAUUAUAUUUGAACGCUAUACAAUGAAAUCACGCUGGUCAUGCUACUAUACAAUUUGAAUAAUAGAUUUGAAACGGUCUCAAAACGAAGUGAUUAUAAAAUUGAUCACGCAUUUAACCCAAUGAAGGCAAUAUUGACAGUAUAUGUUAUAACACAAGAUCGAUAUGACUGACAAUUUCUGACCGCAUAAAGCCCAGUUUUAAAGGGUUCACGUUUUACUUCGUCUUAUAACGAUUGCGAUAUCACAUUUUUGUGUCCCAAGGCCAAGUGUGAUUUCCCGGUGGAAACAAUGUUUCCGGGUUUUGUCCAUCUUCAGGAAGCAUGGCUGGGAAACAUAUUGUUGCUUGCCGAGGACUUUGGGCGAUGAACAUUCUUUCAAAAUAAAUUUCAUUGUAUACUUACAUUUUUCCCUGGUUUGUUCAUUUCUGGUUAAAAACAUCGAAGUUUACUAAAAGCUUUUAACAUUCAUAUUUUCAAGUAGUUUGUAAACACUUGUCACUUAUUUAUUCAAACUUUCAAUGUCUAUAGUGCAGGUAUAUUUGUGUUCUUGUGGUGACAUUCAUUAAUUAUACAUGCCAUCCCGAAACUGGACGUUAUAACCGGUAACUUGGAGGGUUUUCCGUUAUACACCGAAUAUUAAUAAAGCGGAAUAUCAUAUAGAAAUUCACUUUGUUUGACUCGAAUUUUAAUUGAGUUCAAAGCAAUAUAUAAUUCUAUAAGUGAAUAUAUAAUUCUAUUAGUUUUCAUCUGAAUAGUUGUAAUUUCCUACCACAUUUUAAGAGACCUCACAAUUGUAUAGAGAAGCUGGCGCCCACUAGGGAUCGCCUGCCUGCCCGAUGGGCUAAUCGAGCCCUACGUAUUAAGGCGGUUUUCCAGUCCUCGUACGAGGCUCCUCGCAACUCGCUGCGAGUGCUUGCAUCUAAUUAAAAUGAACUGUUUAGCAUUGUGAUUGGAUGAAAGUGCUCAUGCAUCACUCGCAGCGAGCUACAAGGAGCUUCGUGCGAGGACUGGAAAUCCGCCUUUACUAUAUUAUAUUGCGUAGUUACUUAAUAUAUCUUUCCACGGUUUUCCCAAUUGCCUACUCGAUAGGCAAACAAAAAAAACAAAAACAAAAAUCUAUCAAAACAAAAAACUAAAAAAAAACUAUCAGAUAAAAUGUGCAGAUUUUCACAAUAUAGACAUGAAAUUAAAGAUUCCGAAUUUCCGACAUCCACAAAUAAUGACAGGAUCAAGGUGAUCAAGUAGAGAUUACUAAAAUCAUUAUAGACUUUUUUGUGUUAGUAAUCGCCAAGAACAAGGCUUAACAUUUUUCUAUUAAAAACGACGUUUCGGAGUUCACUCCAUCAUUAGGUUAAAAAUACAAUAUAUUAUCUAAAUAGCUUAUGUCUAUAUUAAUAAACCAGGCUAAGAGAAAGUUCGAUAUUGAAUAUUUUAAAAUCAUUAUCAUUACCUAAAAAAUGGCAUCACCCGCUAUAUAUAUAUAUAUAUAUAUACCGUAAACUUCCGAAUAUAAGCCCUGGGCUUAUAUAAUUUCAUAAGCCUUUUUUGAUGGGCUUAUACAUGGGGGGGGGGGCUUAUAUACGGGGGACUUAUACACGGACCACAUCUUAGGUUAAUAGUAAGAAAACACGUACUAUAUUUACGGACCGAAACUGCACAAAAAAUAUGUCCGUGACUCCUUGAGGCAAAAUCGGGACGAACUGUCAAGUGUUUUGUAAUCCUUUAUAACCUUUGUUUAAAGUGUGUAGUAUAUAUAUAUAUAUAUAUAUAUAUAUAUACUACACAUUAUGCCUAAGCCUUUAUGCGCACGCUCACUGCAUUUCACAGUUUAAAAACGGCGAUAAAGCACAUAAGUAAAGACACUGUAGCGCCCUUCAAGGAAAGCUCAAACAACGGCAACUGUGGACAGCUGUUUCGCCCUUAUUGGGGCUCAUCAGCACAGUGCACCGAUGAUGAGCUUCCACAUACCAAGAAUAUAUAUACUAUAGAAGACAGUGUGGUGGAUGUGGGACACUACAGAACUUUAUAUACUACACAUUAUGCCUAAGCCUUUAUGCGCACGCUCAUAUAUAUAUAUAUAUAUAUAUAUAUAUAUAUAUAUAUAUAUAUAUAUAUAUAUAUAUAUAUAUAUAUAUAUAUAUAUAUAUAUAUAUAUAUAUAUAUAUAUAUAUAUAUAUAUAUAUAUAUAUAUAUAUAUAUAUGUAUAUAUAUAUAUGUAUAUAUUGCUGACAUAUGCAAAUUAAGCAAAUUAAGGCAUUAAUUUUUUUUUUUAGGGAAAAAAUGUAAGUUUGCGUGAAUAGUUAGAGGGCUUAGACUAAUGAAAAUUGUCUGAAAUUUUGUACAGUAAUUAAAAACCCAAACACAUUGUCCAUCUAUUAACUCAAAAUAUGAUUAAAGCUUUCAAAUUUCGUGCGCAAGCCAUUUUUAGUUUGUUUGAAAAGACACCCCCCCCCCCUGGUUCACAAAAUUUGAGUUCGGGAAUUUUUUUUCAUUAUUCUACAUUACAAGUACCCAAAGAAGCUAUAUAUACAUCUGAAAAACUGGAUACUAAUAGCUGUUUUGCGAAAUUGAGAGCAAAUUCAUAUCUGUUCAGUUUUUUUGAUACACCCUGUAGAGCUCGACAACUGCACUCUGUAGCUCAGUUGGUUAGAGGCUGCACCUGGAAUCGCAGGACCGCAGGCUCGAUUCCUGCCAGAGAGCCUAUAUGGUUGCAUUUUUCGUAGCUGCCCUGGUUAAGUUUAGAAAUUUCAACAAAAACCCUUUGUAAUAUUUACAUCAAAUGCUCCGCUCGAAUUUUUCUCGUGAAUUCUCAAACUCAUUAAUCUUCGGCCCAGCUGCGAUUCCGGUGCAGCGCUCUAACCAACUGAGCUACAGAGAGACAGUCGUUGAGCUCUAACGACAAGUUAUAUGUAUGUAUAAAAAAUUCUAUACGGACAAGGCUAGAUAAAAACUUAAAAUAAACACUUUUAAAUUUGUGACGGUCUUCCAAGGGGGCGGGGGGGGGGGCGGAAGGGGGUAUAUGUUCUGUGUGCCUUUGGAAAUUUUCCCUUUGUUGCCUGUUAUACAUAUUCCCUUCUUCCCAUUGCGAAAUAUAUCUUGUUCCCUAGGGAAACACUUGAGAGACCCUCAUUUAUAUGUUCUUUAAACUUUACGAAAUACGCUUGCAAUGAGGAUCACAACAAUUUCACUUGGGUCUGACAAAUUGCUGAUCAGCUGUGUUGUUGUUCGGACAUUGGCUAAUAAAUGGUCGGCAAGCUUUUCAAUAUUUACAUUCAAUUGACGAGCUAUCAAUUAGAUACAAGGCAGUUUGCGAACGGGAGACUAAAGUUUGUUCUUGGUUCCAUAUUUGACAGUAAGAGGCACGGUUGAACACGUUACUUGCUGAACCUUGACAAGAUAUCCAUUGAUUCUCCAGACAUAGUGCAAAUAUAGAAUUCCUGAAUAAUUUCCGGUGACUAUCAUGCAUGAAUGCAAAUGCAUGUAUGCAGCAAAUUGGAAAGCAAACAAAGAUUAUUUGAAGUGAGAUGAUGACUAAUGUGCAUGGUAGAUCAUAGGAUGAUAGACCAUGCUCAAAAUUUUAAUUUUUAAAAGUAGACAUGACUCUAUCUGAAAUUGCGUUGCAAGUUGUCAUGUGACAUGGCCUUAAGGAACAUCUGCUCAAAAUAGAACGAGAAUAUAAAUUUGUUAAGCAAUGUUGUCUAUCGAAUACGUAACUAUAACUCUUGCAUACAUAGCUAGCCUAUCCAGGCUGUCCUCAGUCAUUUGGUACGUAUUUGUACCAACUUAAAUCCGUGCUGGUGUCAAUUUUCGGUCAAAAAAUGUCCCCACUUUUAACAAUAUUUUUGGACGACAAUUUUUAAGAGAUAUAAACUGGAACGGUGAAAAAUACAAGCAAAACUUCGACGAAGGUCCUUCUUUAUAAUUCGCUUUCGUUUCAGUUGUUUUGCGUUGGAUUUAUCGGGUUCUUGUUCUGUAUUUUAUUUCCUUAAAUGCAUGGUAGGUUCCGAACUUCUGGUAAGGGAACUAUUAAGUUAAAAUAAAAAUUCGAAAAUUGCAUGUAGUAUAAAUUCGAAUGUACCGUGCGAGCGUAGGGAUUGAUAGGGAUUGAUAGGGAUUGAUAGGAAUUCAACUGCCUGAAUAAUACAAGAAAAACGUCGACUAGGGAAGGCUCUUCGUCAGGAAGUUUACGUACUUCAUCGUGAUAUUAAAUUAUUUUGCCCUGGUGAAAAAAUAUCCGCCAAAGGCAAAGUGGAAAAAGUGUACCCCCACUCCCCCUGUCAAAAUGUGUCUGGAUUGUGUAUAAACAAAAGAUUAAGUAGUUGUUAACUUUCCCACGGGCAUGCAAUAACAAACGGCACGGUCGAACUUUCUUGGCAGAACUUUGACUCUGUAUUGCCUUAUAGUGUAUUUUUCCUUUGCCCAUCGUCUGUCGUUUGACGUAUGAACGCGAAGCUUAAUGAACUCGGUAAAUUCGACACCGUUACUGGACGCUGGUAUGCAUGGAACUUACUUGAGAACUAAUGUACUCUGACUAGAUUAAUAUUUGUCAAGCUUAGCCUUUGUUGACUUUUCAUUGUUUUAAUUAAAGGCGUUUCUCUAAUCCCGGCAUCACAUUGUACGCCUAGACUCUACUGACUUUUACGUUUGUGUGAGCCUCUUCAACUUUUAACUGAAAUUUACCGUAAAUCACAGGGCAAUCGUUAUACCGCAGUUCUAAUCUCCUGAAUAUCAUGGGUACGUCAGAAAAUAAUGAUGAUAUGGUUCCCCUUAACUCGCUACCAGAAGAAAAGCACAAGACCAUAGGACUUGGACCUUUCAAAGUCAAUCUGAUCCUAGCAAACAUAUUUUUUGCGUUUUUGGCAGUCGGCGGGGAAGUGGGGCAAAAUGUCACCCUACCUUUGUGGAUUGAUUCGUCAAUUCCGCCACCAUCUGGUCAUCUAGUCCACAAUUCCUUUAACCACACGAAUGAUACCGGUCAUCUCAUGCGCAAUGGUUAUUCCACCAACCAUAUCAACUCCUCAUCUGGCAAUGGUGAUGUAUAUCAACCUCGAGUCGACGCAUUUUUUGUCUAUACUUUUGCGUCCAUGGCAUUUGUCAUGUUAUUCGGAGGUGCUUUACUUUUCAUUCGCCUGUUUCAACCGCAUCUGCUCGGCGAGACAGAACGAAGGUUUCCGCACUCGCAGCUCUUUCUAGUCGGUCUCUUCGAUGCAUUGAAUGGAACUCUGGUCGUCUAUGCCAGCAGUGGAAGGCGAACGGCGCCGUACUUGCAAGCGAUUUUGGGGAAUUUCAUGAUACCUCUCAUAAUGGCAUUUCGGUGAGUAAAAGCAUAUUCAUACAUGUCCAGCAUGUUGGACAAACAUUACAAAUUACAUAGCGGAGAAUAAGGCAUAAAGGCCUGACUCUACGAUGGCGAAAAUCUGACUAUUGUGUCAGCAAAAUACGGAUGGUUGCACAUAAGUGAUUCUAUUGAAUUUUCCAACUUUUUCCGCUUUCGCAGCGAGUAGAACUGACUUCUACUCACUGGUGAAGCGAAAUUUUUUCUCGCGAAGCCUAAUUUAUCUUUACUGCGCAUACACCAAAUUCAUUUCGCGCGAAAUUUUUCGCAUUCCGCCGAAGAAAGCGCACGUGUAAUCAGGCCUUUGGAACUGCAUGUCACAUAAAGUACCUCAUACACCAUAAUUUGCAUUUAUAUUUUAUUGGUAAGAAUGUUUACUGAAACUACAGAGCAACUUCGUUUCCACAUUUUUGGUUUUUUUUGCUUCGUUUUUGUGAGUUAUUUCAAUAUGUUUGACACGUCUUCCACUUAUAAUGAAAGUAAUUAUCGAUUGAACACCAUCUGUUGCGCGGUUGUGUAAUUGUGGUAAAACCCACCCAUAUAUAGUACGAAAAUUCAAUACUUCACAGUUGUACUUCAUAUUUCAUUCAACUUGCUUAUUUAGAUAUUUCAUUCUUCGUAAAGUGCCAACACUUCGGAAAUUCUCCUGUGCCAUAAUUGUAUUGGUUUCAUUAUUCAUCUGCCUCAUUCCCAAGAUAUUUCCCUCUAUUGACCCUGAAGCUGAUAGAUUUGGUGGAGCCAGUGGGUUGGCAGGGUUUCUGUGGCCAUUGUGUUUCAUGUUUGGUUUU